AUGUCUGCUACUUCUACCACUACUUCCACUUCUCAAUUGCACUUGAACUCUACCCCAGUUACUCAUUGCUUAUCUGAUAUUGUUAAGAAUGAAGAUUGGUCUGAUUUCAAGUUUGCUCCUAUCCGUGAGUCUACCGUCUCCCGUGCCAUGACUUCUCGUUAUUUCAAGGACCUUGACAAGUUUGCCGUCUCUGAUGUUAUUAUUGUCGGUGCUGGUUCUUCCGGUUUAUCUGCUGCUUACGUCAUUGCUAAGAACAGACCAGACUUGAAGGUCUGUAUUAUUGAAAGUUCAGUCGCACCAGGUGGUGGGAGCUGGUUGGGUGGCCAAUUGUUCAGUGCCAUGGUUAUGAGAAAACCAGCUCAUUUGUUUUUACAAGAGUUAGAAAUUCCUUAUGAAGACGAAGGUGACUAUGUUGUUGUUAAACAUGCUGCUUUAUUCAUCUCCACUGUUCUUUCAAAGGUUUUGCAACUACCAAAUGUCAAACUAUUCAACGCCACCUGUGUUGAAGAUUUAGUUACCAGACCACCUACUGAAAAGGGUGAAGUCACCGUUGCUGGUGUUGUCACAAACUGGACAUUGGUCACCAUGGCUCAUGGUACUCAAUGUUGCAUGGACCCUAACGUCAUUGAAUUGGCCGGUUACAAAAAUGACGGUACCCGUGAUUUGAGCCAGAAGCACGGUGUUAUUUUGUCUACCACUGGUCACGAUGGUCCAUUCGGUGCAUUCUGUGCCAAGAGAAUUGUUGACAUUGACCAAAACAAAAAGUUGGGUGGUAUGAAGGGUUUGGACAUGAACCACGCCGAACACGACGUCGUUAUCCACUCUGGUUCUUACGAAGGUGUUGACAACAUGUACUUCGCCGGUAUGGAAGUUGCCGAAUUAGAUGGUUUGAACCGUAUGGGUCCAACUUUCGGAGCUAUGGCUUUGAGUGGUGUCCACGCCGCCGAAGAAAUCUUGAAGCACUUUGCUUAA